CGACAAUCGUUAUAUAAUCUCAAUUUUUUUGAAUUCUGUUGGUUAUUUUUAUAGAAUGGAAGCUGCUUCGUGGAACGUUGGAUAUCCUAUAUUUGGUGCCAGGUUUUUGGAUGAAGAUACAUUGUUAGUGGCUGGCGGUGGUGGUGAAGGAAACCAUGGAAUACCUAACAAAUUGACAGCUUUGCAAAUUGAUUUCAGUAGAAAGAAUAAAGUCAUCAAGAAAUUUAGAGAAUUGCAACUACCUCCAAACAGCGAUUCUCCCAUGAGUUUGGACACAAAUGGAGAAAUCAUUUUGAUGGGUUGCAAUGAAGGUUCAGAAAAGAUUAAAAAAGGCAAGAAUUGUCAUCUAAGAAAAUAUGAUUACAUUGAUCAACAUUUAGUGUUCAGCAAAUCUAUAAAUUUAUUCACCGAUUUCUCAAAUGAUAUAAAUAAUUAUACAAAAUGCUGUUAUAUAUCUGAUGAUAGUUCCAUUGGUUGUAUAUCAAAUUCCAAUGAGAAAAAUCCACAGUUAAUCAUCAUCAAUACAUCCAAUAAUCAGUUGAAGUUGAAAUAUAAAAUCAUUGAAAAAACGAAUAAUAUUAUUAAAGAUUUGCACAUCUCUCCUGAUGGGAAAACAAUAGUUUAUAUUACAAGUUCUACUUUUAAAGCAAUAUCAACUGUCAGUGGAAAGAUUUUAAUAUCAAAAAAUUCAUCAGCUCUUUCGACCAGUUCUCAAACAUUGAUCUUUGCAAAAAUUCGUUUCAUCAAUAAUAACGAAUUUAUAAUUGGUUGUAAUAUUAAUAAUAAAGGUGGAAUUUCAAUAGUACAUUAUUCAAUUUUAGAUCAAUUAUUAAUUUCGAAUAAAUUAAUCAGUAAAAAAAUUAAAUCAAUAACUUCAAUGGAUUUUUGGCCAAAUAUUAUAAUUAAAGUUUAUCAAGACAUUAAAAACCCAGAAAAAACAAUCACGAAAUCUGAGAUUGACAUUAAUAAUUCAUUAAUUUCCAUUGCUGGUAAUAACUAUUCAGUAAUCUUAUUAAAAUUUAAAAAUUUUAAAAACUUGUUUGAAUUUAAGAAAACCCAUAAUUUUGUAAUUACAAAAGUCACAUUUUCUCCAACUGGUCAGUAUUUAGCUAGUGUAUCUGCUGCAAAUACUAUUCAUGUUAUCAAGUUACCUUCAAAAUUUAUAACCUCAAAUCAAACACAAAUCAAAUCUAAAAAUCUAAACACUUUCUUAUCAAUCAUAUUAAGUUUAUUAUUUGUGUUGAUUUUGGCAAUUUUAAUUCAAUAUUUGAUAAACAAGAAAUUAAUCCAACAUUUGAUUGAUAUACCUACAAUUAAGUCAGAAUUAAAAAAAAGAAGAUAGAAAUGUCAUUAAUAAGAAUAUAUCAAUAAUUAUGGAUUAUUAAUCGGUUUUCAAAUCUGGUUUUAUAUUUUUGUGGUUUAUCUUAUCUUACCUUAACUCGUUUAACCUGUUUUAACUAAUAUUAUUCCGCCUCAACUUUUUUCAUUUUAUAUUUUUUCUGAAUUUUGUCAAGCGAAAGUUUUCUUCUAAAUAUUUCUUUUAAAUUUUUGUUUUUGUU